AUGCAAGGCGUUAAGUGUCUGCUGUUGCGUAACCACAGCAUCAUUAGUGACUUGGAGCUCGAUGCCGUGCGCUACGACGACAGCUGGGCCAGUAUUGCCGGGGAUGCCGUCGAGUACAACGUUGUCGCAGAUAUUAUGCUGCCGUCUCCGAGCCAGCCGGAGUACCGGCAGAUGACUGCCCUGAGGAGGCUUUCGCUUGGCGCGGUGCCGCUGCGUCCCGCCACUGACCGGGUGGCAGCCGUCCUAUGCCUGGACCAGCUCCAGUCACUCCGGCUCCGGGCCUGCCCGGGCUGGACGCACCUCUUCCGGUAUUGGUUGACGUCGGGACUCAACAUCAACCUCGCCCUGCUUGAGAUCCAGGUGUCAUUAGAUAUGUUUGCGGGGGCGUUUCCGGAGCGAAUGCUGGUCACCUUCUUAGAGCACUUCGAGGGCCUUGAGGAGCUGUACAUCUCCAUUCCGGGGCUGCUAGACCGCCCUACAGCCCUGUGGCAUGCCGCACUGGGCCACCCAAAGCUUAGACGCUUCGUUUACCACGUGCGCAUCUUCGAUCUCGACCUCGAGUCGAUGUAUGCGGAACAUGAUGCCAACCAGCCGCCGCUCCUCGACACGAUAGGAGACAUCGUCUUAGGCCAAAAGCCUCCGGCCGCCCCGCCUACGAACCUCGAGUGUCUCGGCGUCACCUGCUUCCCCCUAUACCUUGAGAUGCUCGUUCGGUCGCUGAGGCAGCAUACGUCGUUAAAGGUUCUCCACGUCCGACAGUCCGGAAGGGAUAUCCUACGCUACGACUCCUGGGGCCUCCGUAUGGUGGAGGAGGUGGAAGAUCUGUGGGCGUAUGAGGAUCAUGACGGAGGGUCAGCGAGUAACCCUUCGACCCUGGCGAGGUCUGUCGUCUUCGGCGUGCCCGGGGAGGACGGCCGUGGACCGCAUGGUUACGUAGACAUCAGGAGCAUCACGGGCCCCUGUCGCCUGCUCCAGCCUGAGUUCCAGCGCUUCGCAGAAUGGGCCUUCGGUCCGACGGGCAUCCCGUCGCUUGAGAUACUUGCCUUUGGAGACUUUUCCUGCCGCGGAAGGUACAGCCACCUCAGCUUUAUGCUUUGUCGACAGGAGGGGUUCAGCAAAGACCAGGAGCCGUUUCAACUAUACCACGGGAGAGGGAAGCAUCAGGAGAGGCUCAAGAUGCUGGUUGAUGGAGCGGCAGACUUCUUUGAGGCCUGCUCCAACGAGCCUCUCUUGCAUGUUGAUGACCGUGCCGGAUGGGAUAUCUAG